AACAUGCAUCCUUUUGACUUCCUGACUGCCCUUUGCUUGGGAAUAGUCUCAGCUACUAUAGAGCUUGAUCAAAGUUUAGAUGCACAGUGGAUCCAGUGGAAGGAGACACAUGGAAAACAAUAUGGUGUGGUUGAAGAAUGCAGAAGAGCCGUGUGGGAGAAGAAUAUGAAAAUGAUUAUGCAGCACAAUAGGGAAUACCUUCAAGGGAAACAUAGCUUCUUGAUGGCAAUGAAUGGCUUUGGUGACAUGACCAAUGAAGAAUUCAGGCACAUGAUGAUUGGCCUUAAAAUCCAGAAGAAUGAGAAUGGGACAGUGUUUAAAGUCCCUUUCCCUGCUGGUAUCUCCUUACCUAUGAAUAGGAGACAGACACCUGAUAUUAGUCUUUGCAACUGGUGCCAUCGAAGGACAGAUAUUCCGGAAAUACGGCAAACGUGUUUCCUUGAGUGCGCAGAACCUCCUGGACUGCUCUCAGGCUGA